AUGAAGAUCUUUGCUGUUUCCAUACCACUUUUCUUCUUCAUCUUCUCAUUCUCUGUAGCUUACUCAUGGAUCUUCUACUUCUCUGCUACAAUUCACAAGGAUUAUAUGUUCUUCUUCUGCAAUACUCUCCUGCUUUUCCUUUCUCUAAACUCUCGCUCGAGUGUGGCUGACAAGGAACAAGCUGCAGGCGAUGGAAGGAGAUCGGUUGAUGGUGAGAAAGAAAUGGGAUUGUUACGUGUUCAACAGGUUUCACGACGUUUGGUUCUUCAAGAAACUCGAGAUCAUGAACUUGAAAUGUGUUCCUUUGCUCUUGAAGAAGCUCAUAAUGAUGAAUUAGAAGGUAUGAAGGAUGAUGAAUGUGAACAUGAACAAGAACAAGAACAAGGACACCGCGUUGAUACCAUCGGCUUAGAGGAGUUGAACAGGAAGUGCGAGGAGUUUAUAAGAAGAAUGAAAGAGGAUAUCAGAGUUCAAAUUCUUACACUACAAUGCUCUUAG